CUAUCAUGGUGAGGACAAUCCAGUGACUUAAAAGCCAACUGGUAAGCCUCUAAAAAAAGUGAGGACCCAAGAAAAAUGUCCUCACUUUGUAAGGAAAAUUGUCCUCAGUAUGUAGUAAGUACAAGAACACACACACACACACACAAAUGUCUAUCAUAGUGAGGACCAUCCACUGACUUCCAUUCAUUUUUGUGACUAUUAUGCAUAACCCUAACCAAUGCUGAUCUAUUCCUAACCUUAACUAAAACUUAACUCACAACAUCUCUCUAUAACCAACUGGUAAGCUUCUAAAAAAGUGAGGACCAAAAAAAUGUCCUCAGUCGGGAAAAUGGUCCUCAGUAUGUAGUAAGUACAAGAACGAACACACACACACACACACUCACUCAGAAACAUGAGCGUGUUGGAAGGAGAGAGAGACGUCACGUUUCUUUACGUCCUGGCGGAAACUCGAGCUGCAGCGGGGACCAAAGCCGGUUAUCAGCGCUAGUUUUGGGGCUUAGAGAGUUUGGAGCAUCGGGAAGCAGCGUUCCAGUGAUGUCUGUCCAUGGCAUCAUCUCAUCCCGUUAAGGAAUCAUGGGAGAGCAGCGCUGAUGGGAAGGAGCUCAGAGGGAGAGGAGCUUUUUCAGGAUUCCUGACCAGUUUCAGCUGUUGGAUCUGAGCAGAUGUUUCUGUGCUGCUCGUGGACGUUUGAGUAGACACUGGAGGUGUGGAGGCUCAGCGGCUGGCAGGCUGCAGCUAUGGACGUUGGGAGGCUUCCUCCCUCCUCAUCAGUGACGUCACCGUCUGUGUCACCAUGCCUGACGACCUCGCCGCCUCUGCCAUCUACAUCAUCCUGGAGCUGCUGAUCGCCGUGUUCUCUGUGCUGGGUAACGUCUUGGUCUGCUGGGCCGUGUGCCUAAACAGCAACCUGCAAACCAUCACCAACUUCUUCGUGGUCUCCCUGGCUGUGGCAGACAUCGCUGUUGGCGUCCUGGCCAUUCCCUUCGCCAUCGUCAUCAGCACCGGCUUCUGCUUUAACUUCUUCGGCUGUCUGUUCAUUGCCUGCUUUGUGCUGGUUCUCACACAGAGCUCCAUCUUCAGCCUGUUGGCCAUCGCCGUAGACCGCUACAUAGCCAUCAAGAUCCCACUCAGGUACAACAGUUUGGUGACUGGCCAGCGAGCUCGGAGCAUCAUUGCCAUCUGCUGGGCUUUCUCCAUCAUCAUUGGUCUGACUCCCAUGAUGGGCUGGCACAAGCUGCCCAGGAGCUCUAAUGAGACCUGCUCUCCGGGCCUGAUUAGGUGCCUGUUUGAGGAAGUGGUUGACAUGGAGUACAUGGUCUACUUUAACUUUUUUGCUUGUGUGCUCAUCCCCCUGCUGCUCAUGCUGGCCAUCUACCUGUGCAUCUUCAUGGCGGCGCGCCAUCAGCUGAAGCUGAUUGAGAUGAAAGCAUGCCACGGAGAGAAGUCGCGCUCCACUCUCCAAAAGGAGGUCCAGGCUGCCAAGUCCCUGGCCAUCAUCGUCGGCCUGUUCGCCAUCUGCUGGCUGCCGCUGCACAUCAUCAACUGUUUCACUCUCUUCUGCCCGCAGUGCCAGCGCCCCCCCCUCUGGAUCAUGUAUGUGGCCAUCAUCCUUUCUCACGCCAACUCCGUGGUCAACCCCUUCAUCUAUGCCUACCGCAUCCGGGAGUUCAGGCAGACCUUCCGUAAGAUCAUCCGGCGCCACAUCCUGGGCCGGCAGCCGAUGCUGGAGAGCAGCGGCAGUGAGCGCAACUCGGCUCACAACAGCAUCACAGACUCCGUCAGACUCAAGGCUAACAGCCCCAGCUGUGACCUUUUCACAGAGCGUAGCAACAGCUGUAAAAACUCCUACUGGUGCCCCACUGCCUUCUCACCUGUAGGGGGCAGUCUGGUGGCCGUGUCUCACCCCUCUCUGUCAGUGGUCAUCUCCCACUGCCCUCAGACGAGGCUGCGUGCUGUGGAUGCCCUCAGACAGCCUGAAGCCCCGCUGGCCCGUCAGCUACAGCCUGAGGGGAGAGAGCAGGGCUGCACAGGAGCUGAGGUUCUGGACAGGAAGGACAAACAGAACCUGGACUCAGCGCAGAUCUCACCGCUGUUCAACAAGCAAAACAGGAAGAAGUGCCUCUGUGAGUUGGGAAGGUUGUCCUGACGUAGGCAGACUCGGUCAAAUCCAAGGUCAGCUCAGGCUCUGAGAUGCACUGGGUGUUAGAGCCAGCGAGGACAAUCAGCAAGGAGGAGGUAUCCACAUUUCAAUCUGAUGAGAAAAGGCGAUUGUGCAGCUCAUCUGGCUGCUUCCACAGCAGAACCCAGAGAACUUCUAGUCCUUCACCAUAUGUCUCAAACAUGCAUGUUUUCCUUCUUCUGAGCUGCAGCACCAGAACGUCCUCAUAGAGAGAAGAUGGAGGGACUGGUAUCUGAUAACGUCCUGUGUCACAGAGGUGAGCUGCCUCUAACACCAACACCCCGCUUCAUGUCAGUAGGGCCGAGCUCCGAUUGCAGCUGCAGCCAUGAGCCCGUAGCCACAAAUGGCUGUGACGGUCCGGUCUAGUACAACAGGGACAGACAGUUACAGUACAGUAACUGAAAAAUGUGUUCAUAUUUGACGUUUAAUCUGUGCGGCGCUCUGCCCGUAGCACAAUAGCUGUUUCAAAAAUGAACACAUUUUUCAAUUACUGUACUUGUAAACUGCCAAAACAAGUGUUGACCUAUCAAAAAACCUUUAAUGUAACCACAAGGUGUGGUUAUGGAGUCCGUCCGGGCAGUGGGUGCUGUCACAGCAAUUCAUAGCUAACGCCAUUGGCUGUUCUCAGCUACGAGAUAGUCACAGCCAUUUGUGGCCAAGGGCUCGACCUCCCUCCUUAAUGUGGACAUAACAAGUGCUUUAGGCUGGAGCCGACUGGUCCAGUGAGGGCUGAACAAACCCCGCAAACACUCCAGUGAUGUUCUGUGUUCUCUCCAGGAACUCUGGCCGUCCAAGAUGAGCUUUAAUAAUAAGGUCCAACAACAACAACAACAUGUUUCUAAUUGUUCUUUUAUGGAAACGCACGUUUUACUUAAUAAAGCAGCAACAAGCAGACUACUGUUUCCACAUCUCAUAUCCUCUGACCAUCAGAUUUUAUCGUGAUUUGUGUGUUUUUCUAAAUAAAAGUAAAGAAAAGCAGAAGUUUUGCUUCUCCUUGCACCCACUGCUUCCUUCCUGUGGGCCUCGUGCUGUUUCUGAUCUGAUCAGACUCAGACGGCUUUGCUGAUGCUUUGUAGGAACGCUGCGGCCGGAAGUUUGAAUCAGAUCAGGGGGAUGGAAACAAGUAAUUUGUUUUGCUCUCAAGUAUAAACGAUGAGAAGUGACUCAGGAAAAUCUUUCACUAUCUCCCGCAUCUUCUGAUGAAUUUGUUUAAGAUGAGCUGUUUGUGUCCCUGUCUCCUUGAGUGUCCUCUAGUGGGGCCAUGUUCUGCUGAAGAAUCCCAGUCCUGAUUCAGACGGGAUUAAGACCAAACUUAGAUCAAAUUUAGAUGUAAGUCAGAAGUGAUUCAGACUAGAUUCAACAUGAUUUAGACCCGGUUCAUGUUUAAAUCCUUUCAAGGAGAGAAAUGUGUCAUUCUUCUGAGUUGGUGAUCUUAGUUCAUGUUGAUAAGAUAUUCUAAGUCUUUCAGUUACCUCCGAGUUUCUGUUUCGCAGCUUUUAUCCCAGCUGGGUUCCAACAGGAUCCAGGAUUUAGAUUUUGUAAUGAAUCUCCACCAGUUCCCUGAGUCCUGGUGUUCUGCUGCUGACCUGAGAGAGAUGAGGGUUAGUUUCCAUGACAACAGCAUCAAACCCUUUAGAUAAUUCCGACCCACCCAAUUUAAAGGCCAGCUGGUAAUUUAAUAUUUGUCAGCCUUUUUAAUAAAUAGAACAAGAAGUAUUUUCUUUCAUGUAAAUGAGUGUGGUCUGCUGAUCUCCAUCCAUCGGGUCGUGGGGCAGCAGCCUAAGCAGAGAGGUUCAGACUUCUCCCCAGCCACUUGGGCUAGCUCCUCCAGAGAAAUCCAAGGUGUUCCCUGGUCAGCCAACAUAGUCUCUCCAAUGUGACCUGGGUCUCCCUUUAGGUCUCUUCUUUGGACGUGCUUGAUGCAGGACCUCAUCCCUGACCUGGAGAAGGCAUUCUACCUUUUUCCAAUUCAAGUCUAUGGUCUCGGAUUUAGAGGAGCUGUUUCUCAUCCCAGCUGCUUCACACUCUGCUGCAAACUGCUCCAGCAGAAGCUGGAGAUCACGUUCUGAUGAAGCCAACAGGACCACGUCAUCUGCAAAAAGCAGAGACCUGAUCUUUAAUCCACCAAAACGGAUCUCCUCAGCACCUUGGCUGCUCCCUAGAAAUCCUGUCCAUAAAAGUUCAGGAGGCAGCUGAUAGUUGAUCACUGAACUGCAGGCUAAGAUAUCCUGGUGCCAAGAGCACAUAUGGACACCUUUAUGUCUGAACAUUGAUGUUCAUUAUGGACAAUCCAUGACGAGCGCAGAAGUCUAAUAACAAAAGACCGCUUGGAUUCAGAUCGGGGGAUGUGUGCCUCACUUCCCAUGUGAGCGUUAAAGUCCCCCGGCUGAAAGAGGGAAUCACCAGCUGGAGCACUCUCCAGCACCCCAUCCAAGGACUCCAAAAAGUGUGGGUAGUCUGAACUGUAGUUUGGUGCAUAAGCAGAAACCACAGUCAGGACCCGUUACCCCACACAAAGGAGGAGGGAGGCUACCCUCUCGUUCACCAGGGUAAACCCUAACGCACAGGCACCAAGAUGUGGGCAACUAGUAUGCCAUCCCUGCUCGACGCCUCUCAGUGGGAACAACUCCAGAGUGGUAGAGUGUCCAGCCGCUCUCGAGGAAACUGAUUUCGGAGCCAGAUGUGUUGAGGUGAGUCUGAUAAUAUCUAGCUGGAACCUCUCAACUUCACACACCAACCCAGGCUCCUUCCCCACCAGAGAGGUGACAUUUCACGUCCCGAGAGCUAGCUUCUGCAGCCGAGGAUCAGACCGCCAAGGUCCCCGCCUUUGGCCACCACAUUUAAA